AUGAAGCUGGUGCAGCUACCAAGUUUGCAGCAAACGGUCUUUUUCUACCCUUUGGUGGUGGAAACCUAUGGAGUAUGGUCAACUCACAGCCUGGAAGUCAUCAAAUUUAUUGCAAAAAGAUCGUCUUUGCUUAAACAAACUCAUAGCAAAACUCUUUGCAACUGGCAUGAGCAAUUGUCAUGCAGAUUGUGGCAAUACAAUGGUGUUCCCAGAGAUACCACAUCUGGUGAGACAUUAAGAACUUGCCUUGGAGAGAUUGAUCGAUGUGUUGAAGACAAUACUUACCCGUUUUUUCUUGCCAUGAUUGGAGAAAGGUGUGGAUGGAUCCCAGAACCAUUUGAAGUUUCUGGACUUGUUGGGGCUCAAUAUGGCUGGGUCCAUGGGAUGUCUGUCACAGAAAUGGAAAUCGUUCAUGGGGCAUAUCGUUCAGCAAAUCCAAAUGCUCUCUUUAUGAUACGUGAUGCAUCAUUUAUCUCUUCUAUACCCAGUGAUCUUUGCUAUUUGUACAUUGACAGCAAUCCUUCUGCACCUAAUAAACUUCAGGCACUGAAGAAGAACAUUAAAUGCAAGUUUCCUAACCAGUAUGCUGAAUAUUCUUGUGGCUUUGAGUCAGUGGAUGGUGAGGGUAAAGCAAAUUUGAGUGGUUUGAGAGGGUCUUCAGUGUUUGCAACAAAGGUGUUUGACUUUUUCAAAGAGAAAAUACAUGUUCAAUAUCCUUUAAGAACUGGCCAAGCAGAUUUGAUAGCAUCUCAGAGAACAGCACAUGAAGCGUUUCUUGACAGUCGUUCGGCUGUUGUUCUUGGUCGUGAUGAAAUUCUAGAUGAAAUUCAGACCUACAUCAAUAAAGGUCACUGCAACACUCCUUUGAUAGUUGUUGGUAGUGCUGGUGCUGGCAAAUCAGCUCUCAUGGCUCGAAGUGCGUCAUUGACUUUGAAGAAUGUAACUCCAGAUGGAAUUCAUGGAGGUGGAAAGAUGAGUUGGACAGUAUUUUAUCAUUUUGUUGGUGCUGCUCCUGGGUCAACAGAUUUGGGCCAUGUGUUACAGCGCUUCCUCAGAGAGUUGGAAUUAUUCAAAGACAAUAUGCCAGCUGAUCUUGAUACUUUGGUUCGUGAAGUGCAUCGUAUUCUGAGCAGCCCAGUCACAACUCCUUGUAUUCUAUUUUUUGAUGCAAUAAAUCAGCUAGAUGAUGAUAAGCGGAUUGAGAAGUUGGCGUGGUUACCUGAACAACUAUCUGGCAAUGUUCGUUGCAUUUUGUCAAUGAUUAAUCAUACGCCAUGUCACGAAUCACUGUCUUCUCGAUCACAUUCUCCUCAUGAAGUCUUUUGUGGACCACUCAAUCUGAUAGCUAGAAAGGCUAUGGUCACUGAGACACUUGCUGUUUAUAAUAAACAACUUAAUGAUGAACAGCUACAGCUUUUUCUUUCAAAAGAUGGCUCAGUAAAUCCUUUGUGGUUGGCAACGGCGUGUGAAGAAUUAAGGCUAUUUGGCAGUUUUGAUGGAGUUUUAGGAAAGAUCAGAGAACUAGGAGAUAGUCUGCCAAGUUUGCUACAGCAAGUUUUGCAGCGUCUGGAGAGUGAGAAUGGUGGUGGUCUUGUCAUUGGUACAUUGUGUUUGUUGGAGUGUUCUCGUCAUGGCUUGUUAGAGUCGGAGUUGCUACUCUUGCUUAGUAACGAAAAAGAUCUCUUGCCACCACAAGAUGAAUGGAUGAAAAUACACCAAGCAGAAGACAAUUUGAAAUCGAAGGACCUACGUCUAUUGGAUGUAGAUGCACUUGUUUUAAUGCUACAUGAGAAAGUGUCCAUGACAUGUCGAAGUGAAUGUAAUUUGUCUUCAUGCUCAGUGGAUGCAGGAGUUGAUCAAGGAGAAGGAACAGCUGUCAUGUCUACUGGAAGAGUAGAACCACUGUCAGCUUCAAAGUGGUCGUCUGUGUAUCGUAGUCUGAAGCAAUUUUUGAGGCCAUGUGGAGACAGUGGGGAAGGCCGACUGGACUUCUAUCACAGAACAAUGAGUAAAGCAGUUAGAUGCAAGUAUUUUGAGAGUGAGGAUGAACGAUAUACAAAAUAUCAGUACACAUGGUGGCAUGGCAAACUAGCAGGAUUUUUUGAGUCAUCUGAAGAUAUGGACAGACGCUCAGAGCUAGUUUUUGGUCUUCCAUCAGAAGCUGUGCGUUGGAUUUCUUCUCCAGUGGUCUAGUCUUUUGAGAGUUCAGUAAACAGUAGAACAAGAAACACAUAAAAGUUGGGAGAUCUUAGAUGGCUUCUUGGUAAUGGAGCGGUAUAGUGGCGUUGUCUUUCACGACUCGUGAUGAUGGAAGAGUUCUCUACACAGAUGCGCAGACUAUUAUGGACUGCUUUUCACCUGUUUGAGAAAAUUUGGCAAUAGCAAGACAAGAAAACUUUCAAAAA